CUUUUUAACUUCAACUUUCAAUUGUAAAAAGGAAACAAAAAAAAUGGAUUGUCGCAUUGCUUAUUCUCUCUUUGUUAUUUCCCAUUUUUUAUUCGUCGGCGUGAUUACGGCGGAGACUUUUUCGGCCGACGGAUCGGAAGUUGAUCCGUUGAUCAGGCAAGUAACGAACGGUGACGAUGGAGCCGAUCCGCAGUUCCUGACAGCAGCAGAGCAUCACUUCUUGCUAUUCAAGAAACGGUUCAAGAAAUCGUACGGGUCACAGGAGGAGCACGAUUACAGGUUCAAGGUUUUUCAGGAUAACCUGAGACGUGCUGCGCGUCAUCAGAAGCUUGACCCAUCUGCGACUCACGGGGUGACUCAGUUCUCCGAUUUGACUCCGGCCGAGUUUAGGAACACAUAUUUGGGAUUAAGGAGAUUGAGACUGCCUGAUGAUGCAACUGAGGCACCGAUUUUGCCAACAGAUAAUUUGCCCGAAGAUUUUGACUGGAGAGAAAAAGGAGCUGUUACACCCGUUAAAAAUCAGGGUUCAUGCGGAUCAUGCUGGUCUUUUAGUACAACAGGAGCCUUGGAAGGUGCUCAUUUUUUGGCGACCGGUAAACUCGUGAGCCUGAGCGAGCAACAGCUCGUAGAUUGUGAUCAUGAGUGUGAUCCGGAAGAAGCAGGUGCCUGUGAUUCUGGAUGCAAUGGUGGGCUUAUGAAUAGUGCUUUUGAGUAUACCCUCAAAGCUGGUGGACUUAUGCUUGAGGAGGACUACCCCUACACUGGCACUGAUCGUGGGACAUGCAAAUUUGACAAGACCAAGAUUGCUGCAAAAGUUGCCAACUUCAGUGUUGUUUCUCUGGAUGAGGAUCAAAUUGCUGCUAAUCUUGUGAAGAAUGGGCCUCUUGCAGUGGCUAUCAAUGCAGUGUUCAUGCAGACAUACAUUGGGGGAGUUUCUUGCCCUUACAUUUGCUCAAAGCGCCUUGAUCAUGGAGUAUUGUUGGUGGGUUAUGGUUCAGCUGGCUAUGCACCAAUCCGGAUGAAGGAUAAACCAUACUGGGUAAUUAAGAACUCAUGGGGAGAAACCUGGGGAGAGAAUGGAUUCUACAAAAUCUGCAGGGGUCGAAAUAUCUGUGGAGUAGACUCUCUGGUAUCAAGUGUUGCUGCCGUUAAUACCAACUCUCAGUAGCGUGUAAGUUGUUCAUUAAGUUUGUUUGUAUAUAUCAUGUUACAAUUAUUUGUGAACUUGAUGUUUACAUAAGCUUUAAAUUUCCUAUGUU